AUCCAAUUCUUAUUUGACUGUAGUUAUAAUAUGCAUUAACAAAUACCAAGAGCAAGCAUAUCGCUCCUCAUUCGUGGACUCGACCUGUGAAAGCAGCACUGCACAACCAUUGCUCGCAACUCAUAUAUGCACAGAUUUCUUAUUCAAACUUCAGACUCUCAAUUCUGUUCAUGCCCAUAUUCAAGAGAUGAUGCUCCUCUAAUGGUGGGAAAGGAAUUAGAGCAUUAGAAGCCAUCACUGGCUUCACUUUUUUGGGGUGCACACCAAGUGUUUGAUGUUUUGACCGUGUGACAACUGCUAGUAUUAUUCAUAGCAAUGCGUUAUGGUCAACUCCCUCGCUGGAUUAACCAUAUCAAAUACUUAAACCAGCAAACUCGUUAUUACGCCCGAGACCCAUUUCCGAAUAAAGUUGCACACUACCUCUACCGUGCCAAACUCAUUGAUUCUAUUCGUCUGGCUCUCCGGUCUAACCCUUCAAGCUCUCUUAAGCCUCUCUUGAGUGAUCGUCUUUUUGACUCUUUCGUCGUUACUCAUGCACUCAGGUCUGCUCCUUCGGCGGACUCUGCUCUGUCUUUCAUUGAAUCUCUUGAGACGCUUCAACACUUUUCACAUAACCAGAAUACGUUGCAUUCAUUGGCUACAGUCUUGGCCAAGUCCCGUCGAAGUGUGGAACUCAAAUCUUUAAUAGACUCCAUCAAAGAUGGAAGGUUUGGUUAUGUACGUAUAAGUUUUAUGAAUCUUAUGCAUUGGUAUGCUGCUAUUGGAGACCUAGAGUCGGUCCUUCAGGUGUGGGAUGAGUAUAGAGUUGCAAGUGAUAAAGUAUGUACCGAGUCUUAUAACAUUGUCAUGCGGCUCUAUGCUCAAAUGGGUGAUGACUCUGAAGCCGUGAAGAUUUUCUAUAGGUUGGUUGAUGAAGGGGCCAUUCCUAAUUGUAGAACUUACACGAUCAUGAUCGAGCACCUUGUGAAUUCCGGGAUGUUGUGUUCAGCAAUGGAGGUUUUCAAGGUGUUGCCUUUGAUGAGGAUCAAGCGCACUUUGAACCAGUAUUCACUUAUGGUAGAAGGGUUUACUGGUGUCAAACAGUUUGAUAAGGUCAAGACUUUACUUGAGGAAAUGCAGGUUGAUGGAAUAUUACCUGGUCGAGCUAUGAUUUUGUCAUUUAAACGUAUGAAAGAGGCGGGUUUUGUCCAGGAGACUGAGGAAUUUCUUAAGGAAAUGCUUCCGAAUGAGCAAAUCAAGAAUGUUGAGUGUUGUGUGGAGAGUAGUGAUGAGGAUGAGGACGAUGGCAAUGAGGAUGCUAGUCUUGCUGUUGGAGGUAAUAGUGUUGAGGUUCAUUUAAAGCCCUGGUUAGAUCCCAGAGCUUUGGCCAGUGCCUUACAAAAAUGGAACCCUGAGGAGGUAACAGCGUUAGAGGAAGCAAAAUUUGUGUGGACAAGUAGGUUAUUUUGCAAAAUUCUUAGGAAUUUCAAUUCGCCAGAGACAGCUUGGAAAUUCUUCUGUUGGGUUGCUUGUCAACCAGGAUUUACUCAUGAUAUAUACACAGUACAAAGGACAAUGACCCUUUUAGCUCGCCAUGGAUGUGCUGAAUUGGUUGAUAAACUCAUAUUCAAAAUAAGGAAGGAAGGUAUGAGACUACCCUUCUGCACCAUCAGGUUAAUCAUUGACUUUUAUGGCAUCUCGAAGAAUGCUGACGCUGCUUUGAAGGUUUUUAAUGAUCAUAGAGACUUAUGUGGUACCAUAUCAAAGUUCAACAUGAUGCUUUUAUAUUCAUCUCUUCUGCGGACAUUGGCCAAGUGUAGGAGGAAUUCUGAUGUCUUGGAUGUACUGGAGGAGAUGAUCUUGCAAGGGAUUUGUCCCGAUAUUCAGACAUUUUCUGGGUUGAUGCAUCAUUUUGCACUACAUGGUGAUAUCAAAACAGUACAGAAACUUUUUCCGAUGGUUAAGCAGAGUGGAGUUAGGCCAGACGCUUAUAUGUUCAAAGUACUAAUCCAAGCUUAUUGCAAGUGUGAAAGAGCUGCUCUCGCUUGGAGAGUUUUUGAAGACAUGAGAAACUUAAAUUUGACGCCAGAUUUUUCCACAAAGGAGCUGCUUGUACAGAGCCUUUGGAAGGAAGGCAAGCGAAGAGAGGCUGCUUCUGUAGAAGAGAGUUGUGAGGAAAUAAGUGAUGUCCUUCCACUUAGAUUGCAUGGUCACAUUUGGACGGUGAGCUCCGCUGAUCUCACUAGAGUUUUUGACAUUUACUCCAAAAGCUUUACAUAAACAAUGAUUUACAUCGUAACAAACUUAUUUUAAGGCUCUUAUAUGUUAUAA